AGCUAAACGGAUACACACAAUGUUAUACACAGAAAAAGUUGUUCUCAAAGAAGACUUUAAUUAUCAAACGAAGACACAAAACUUAUACUUUUCUUUCUUUUUAAUGCAAUUAUCACCUGCUUAAAAUACAAAAUUUACAUAAAGUUUGGUGAUACUUCAAAUGUAAUUACCAUUUAAAGCGUAGCCGGACUUCAUUUAAAACCUGUAUAUCGAUCAGUGAAAUGGCAGUAAUCGAUCGUGAAAUAAUUUUCACAAAGAAAAUAUAUUGAUUUUCACUUUUUGUAGUGAAAAACCAUCUGUACGGAAAAUCUCACGGCUGCCGGAAGAAGGGACCAGAUAUAGAUUUUUUUUACCACCAAGUAUUUAAAAAACUCUUUUAAAUUGUAUUGUAUAGGGUGAAGUAUUGUCCUUUAUAUAUCGUUCGAAUAUAAUUACAAAUUAUUUAUCCUAAAAAUGCACAUAAAAAGAUAUAUAUAUAUAUAUAAUUUUUAUCUCUUAAUAAUUUUUAUUAUAUGUAGUCUAUGUUUACACAUAUAGCUUAUAUACUCAUUCUAUUUGAUUAUGACUUAUAGGAUGUAGUAUAUUAUUUGGUAAUAUUAGAAAAUUAUAUAUAUGAACGCACGUUGUGUAUAUGUAUUUUUAAUCCUUUAUUAUAACAUUUUUUUUUUCUCCUUAUAGGAAACAUGUUACAGUAGACAACACAAUAUUGAUAAUGGAUUAAUACAUCAAUAUACAAUCAAAAACCCUUAUCCGGCCACCGUAUUAAAUUUCUUUACAUUGAUUUAAUCUAUAGAAAAAAUAUGAUCUUGCAAUUGAUAAAAAAUAUAAAAAAUAAAACUUAAAUUAUACUAUAUCACAUUUACUAAAAUAUUUGUGAUAGCAUUAAUAAAAAGAAAAAGCGCAAGAAAAGUAAUGCAGACAAUAUAGUAGAUUAUUAUAACAAAAUUGUACAAUUGUGUGAAGGGGUUUAAAAAUUUUAUAAAUUUAUGAAAUAUAAAAAGCACAUUUUUCAUGAGUAUACGUGGCACGACUUGAGAAUUACGUAAAAUAUGCUAGGCAAGUAAAAAAAUUAAAUAUAAUUGAGUGCCUAGCUAUAUCCAUUAUUUUGAAACAAAAUGAUGGUCAAUACAUACUUUUUCUUGUACGGGUAAGUGUAAGGUAAAAAUAUAAAUUGCACAUACAUACGAGUGUUUGUAAUUCUGAAUGAUUUAAUAGCGCGCGCGUGUGAUAUUUCUCUUAUAGUAAUAUUAAACUGAACUUUGUAACAUUUGUAAAAAACAAAAAACAAAACAAAAGAAAGAGCUGGACUUUUGUUCAUAUGGAAAAAACUGUAUUGAUAUACAGAUUAGUGAACAAUUCGAUUUAAGUUAUGAAUAUUAUAAAAUUGCAUAAAUAUCCUUUAAUAUUUUUUGUAUUUAAUUAUCAGUAUGGAUUUAUGAUAAUAGAAAAUUUCGAUAAAUUAUCCUAGCAAAUAAUAAUGAAUGAGAAUUAAACGAUGAUGAGCCAAGGCAAAAGAUAAUAUAUAAGUUUAUAAAUAAUAAUAAUUAAAAGUAGUAAUGUGAUGGAGAUAUGUCGUAAUUGUUAAAUUGUAUUUAUAUUGGAUUUGGUUUCAUUGAAAGUACUUUCUUUUAUUAUUUUCAUAUAUAAGUUAUCUCAUUUAAUUCAUAACGAUGUUUUUCAAUAAUUAUUAAUAUGUAUUUUUAUCGAAUGAUUACUUUGUAUUUUUCUGUAUGUAAGCAAGCAUAAUAACAGUAGUAAUAAUAAUGAUUAUUAUAAGAAUUUUGUUUUAUAUCAUCUUUCACAAAAUCAAAAAUCUAUCAUAUUUCGACUAUUGUAUUGGUGAAUCACAGUCAUAAUGUUUUAUAGAAUGAAUAUCCUGUUGAUCAGAAUUAUUUUCCUUCACAUAGAAAGAGGUGCAGCAAAUAUUACUUUAAAUUUGUUGUAAUAACUAUAUUUAAUAUAACUCCUAUAACUGUAGACAUUUAGUAACAUCCACCCAUUUUUUACUUUGUUGUAAUUUCAUAUCAGACAGUAGUUUCCUUUAUGUUAGUUAUACAUAUAUUCGUACUCUCUCUUUUCUAUCAUUUAAUAUCUCUGAUCAUAGUUUUCUUUCAUAAAUUAUAUUACUACCAUUAUCAUAACUAUUAUUAGAAUUAUUAUUAUUAUAAGAUCUUAUAUUAUUCGGGUCAAAAUAUCCCAAAUAAAAUUCAUCAUCACUACUUCAAAAAUUCUCAAAUUUAUUAUUCAUUUCUCUAUAUACUAUUUGAAAAUAAUUAUUUGCAAAACAUUAAAACAAAAACAUGUAUUAAUAAUGAGAAGUUAAUAAUAGGAUGUUAAUAACAGGAAUUAAUAACAAUGUAAUACAAGAAUUAAAAUUUCGUGACAUAAGGUCAUUUCUGUUGUGACUGGGUACAAGAUAUCUGUUCGAAUUAUUUUUAUUGGCACAAAGACUAACGUAUGAUUAAUAAAUUAUUAUCUAGAAAUCCUAAUUCUAUCGAUUAAGUAUCCAAGAUUGAUCUUCUAUCAAAAAAUAUUGUAAGUACUAAUAAAAUAUUUUGUAAAUUCAUAUUUUUCAAUUCAAUUUGAGCGCAUUUACUAAUAUGGAUCACGUAUAAUAUCAGUAUGAAUUUUUCUAAGAUGAAUUUACUUUCUUUGAGAAAAAUUCAUUUUUUAUUAUAUGAAAUAUUAUAUUUAUCACUUCUUGGUGACUACAAAUUAUAAAUAUAGAAGAAAAAAAAAAGAAUUGAAUAUAACAGAAUAAACUCACAUGCAGUAGAAUUAACGAUAAAGGCGCUAAAUUGAGUAAUGUAUUGGUGGAAAAAUACUUUAAAACUGUCUUUCCUAUAUGAUUAUGAAAACGGAUAAAGAAUCCAAAUUAUAAUUAAAAUAUUUGUAUAAAAUGAUGCAUUUGAAAAUGAUUCAAUUUUAAAAGAAAUAAAAAUGUCAGAAGUAAUUAUAUUAAGUGAUUCGAACGAAUCAGAUUCGUUGAUAAAUACUCCAAUUAAUGAAAAAAUAGGAAAUUCUCAACAAGACCCUGUGUCUGAUGAGUUUGAUUUUCCUGAAGUUCAGUUUGAUUAUAUUAGUAAUAAAAAUAAUAUUACUGAUACAAACAAACCAUGUCAAAGACAGUACGGUAUAAAUAAUUCUAAAUCAUUGAAUGUUAUUUCAAAUGUUGAAACUAGUAAUGAGAUAUUUACAAGUGCAUUUUCUAGAAAGAGAUUUUAUACUCAUGAUAUGUCUGAUUCUUUUGAAUCUGAUCAAUAUGAAAAAAAUAUUUGCACUAGUCAACAAUUGAUUAAAGAACCAAUAAAAAAAAGUAAAAAUAAAUUGAAAGAAGAACGUCUUAAAAGACAAGAGAACUUAAUAAAAGAAAAAACAUUAAAAGCAAUAACAGCUAAAAAAUUAAAAAAUAUUAGACCAGGUGAAUGUAUGAAAUUUAUGAAAGUAAUUUUAGAUAAAUAUAUAAAAGAAUAUGAUUUUUAUCCAGAAAUUCUAGUAACAUUAAAUGAUACAAAUGUAUCAUAUAAUUUUAUUUCACAAUUAAUUCCUAAAAGUGUAACUUGGGAGAGAAGUAUAGAAAAAGAUAGCAUAGAUGAAAAUAAUAAAAUAUACACAGAAAUUAAUAAGCAAACUGAAAAAUAUAUAAUUGUUAUUUGGAAUUGGAAUGAGGUAGUAGAAAAAUUAAUGGAUGAUAGUUUUUGUACAAGUAUUUCUUACAUAAGGACUUUAUUGCCAGAUCAUAAUAUGACCUUAGUUAUUUUUGGUAUACAAGAAUACUUUCUAUAUUAUAAGAAAAAAAAUAAAUUAAAAAAUAAUAAGGGUUCAGGAAGUAAGUCAUCUAAUGAGAUUAAAGACUUUAAAAUAUAUAAGGAAUCUCCAGAAAUUUCAAAACAACAACUAGAAGUGUGUCUUGCUGAAAUUCAAAUAAUUAAUAAAUGUAACAGUAGACUUAUUGAAAAUGCAGCCGACUUAGCAUUAAUGAUUUAUCAAUAUACCAAAGCUAUUGCUGAAAUACCAUAUAAAUUAGAAAAGAAACAACAUUUUGACAAAGAAUAUAAUUGGUACAUAGCAGGAGACAAUAAAGACACAGUACGUGUAGAUAAAGAUGGAAAUGGAUUGAAAAGAUUAUGGCAGCAACAACUUUGCCAAUUUAAUUUGAGUAGCUUAGAAAUUGCAGAAGCAAUUUGUUCUGUAUAUAAAAGUCCAGCUCAAUUAGUUGAGGCUUAUAUGAAUUGUACAUCUGCAGAUGGUAGCAAAUUAUUAAAAGAUCUUCCUAUUAGAAGAGCAGUAGGACCCCUUACAACAACCAGGCGAGUUGGUCCUGAAUUAAGUAAAAAAGUUCAUAUCAUGUUUACUUCUGAAAAUGGUGAUGUUUUUCUUGGUAAUAAUGAUUAAAGAUAUAUUUUUUAUCUGCGUUAUCAUUUACUAUUAAAAAGUUAUAGUGAAAUAUGAUGAAUGUU